GAAAAUGUUAGAACUCUAUGAACGCCAAGUUUUACAAGAAGAGCAAAAGGUUAAACACAAUUUAUACUGUUUGGAUACUCAAAGGUUUCCAGGCCAAACUCAAAAUGUGUAUGCUGGAAAUCCUCAGUUCACUUUUAAUUGGAUGUUUUUGAGUAUAAAAUAAAUAUUCCAAACUUAGACUCUAUGACUCAUAUCCACUUCAAUUGGCACUUCAUGAGCUAAGCAACAAAAAUAAAAUUCUCAAAGUUAUGAAAUCUAUCAAAAAUAAAUAGGAUCAGUUCCCUUAUUCUUGAAGACAAGUUUGGAAAAAGGCAAGGCUCUAUUUCUUCAGUGAUGCCUCAUUGCAUGAAACUUAUAUCAAAGGUAUUAAAUAGGCUUUCAAUUUGAAGGUUGAAAUUAAACAGGAAGCAAUUGACAUGUAUUCUCAAUGAUAUCCAUUUUCUCAAUACUUUCCAACUUGAAUUCUGACUUCUCGAUUGUUCCAAUCUCAAAAUUCGGAAUGAUAGGGCACCUCAGAUCAAGAAUUUUACUCUAAACUCUUGUUAUGGUUUUGAGGAUACUGAUGGGAACAUCCCAUAUGAUAUUGCAGGCUUAUUAAAGGCUAUCAGUAACUCUUCAAUUAACGAUUCACUAAAACAAUUACUCUUAAUUCAGUGAGUAUCUACAGAAACCGAGCUUCAGAAAUACUUAAACACUUGCACAAAUGGAAAAUUUCCACUCGAUUUUCAAAUAAAAGGAAGCGGAAUGACUAAAAGAAUCCGGUACAAAGAUAAACAAUGAAUAAUCUUUUAGAAUUCAAUCGGGA